ACUCCCCGGCCGUGGCCAAGGCGCUGCUGCGCUGGGACGAGGUGCCCGACGACUUCGUGGAGUGCUUCAUCCUGUCGGGCUACCGGCGGCUUCCGUGCACCGCGCAGGAGUGCCUGGCCUCGGUGCUGAAGCCCACGAACGAGACGCUCAACUUCUGGACGCAUUUCAUCCCGCUCCUGCUGUUCCUGAGCAAGUUCUACCGCCUGUUCUUCCUGAGCGGCGGCGACGUGCCCUUCCACCACCCCUGGCUGCUGCCGCUGUGGUGCUACGCUUCGGGGGUGCUGCUGACCUUCGCCAUGAGCUGCACGGCGCACGUGUUCAGCUGCCUGUCGCUGCGCCUGCGUGCCGCCUUCUUCUACCUGGACUACGCGUCCAUCAGCUACUACGGCUUCGGCAGCACGGUGGCCUACUACUACUACUUGCUGCCUGGCCUGAGCUUGUUGGACGCCAGGGUCAUGACUCCCUACGUGCAGCAGCGCCUGGGCUGGCACGUGGACUGCACGCACCUCAUCGCCGCCUACCGCGCGCUGGUGCUGCCGGUGGCCUUCGUGCUGGCCGUGGCCUGCACCGUGGCCUGCUGCAAGAGCCGCACCGACUGGUGCUCCUACCCGUUCGCGCUGCGCACCUUCGUCUUCGUCAUGCCGCUCAGCAUGGCCUGCCCCAUCAUGCUGGAGAGCUGGCUCUUCGACCUGCGUGGAGAGAACCCCACGCUCUUCGUGCACUUCUACCGCCGCUACUUCUGGCUGGUGGUGGCCGCUUUCUUCAACGUGAGCAAGAUCCCCGAGCGCAUCCAGCCAGGCCUCUUUGACAUCAUCGGUCACAGCCACCAGCUCUUCCACAUCUUCACUUUCCUCAGCAUCUACGAUCAGGUGUACUACGUGGAGGAGGGCCUGCGCCAGUUUCUCAAGGCCCCCCCUGCCGCACCCACCUUCUGGGGCACCGUGGGCUACAUGCUGCUGCUGGUGGUUUGCCUCGGGCUGGUCAUCAGGAAGUUCCUAAACAACACCGAAUUCUGCAGUAAAAAGUGAGCCUCUGCCUCGGAGGAGGCUGCUGGUUCGCCCUGUUUCUUUGGAGUUUCUGUUGUUGCUACUGUUGAUUUAUUUUCACGUUUUGUUGUGUUUCCUUCUUUGCUCAAGGAGGGUGCUGCAGAACUCCAGGGAGAAGUCCCAGGCAAGGGGUGGGGGUGGGGUGGUUUCAGUGCACUGGGGGCUUUGGAAGAGGGAGGAAGAGGGCCGCUGGUUGUUGCCCCAGAACAAAAAUCAGGUGGUGUCCGUGACACCCAGGGAAUUUUCAAAGGCAGUGAAUAAAAUCCCCAUGAAAGCCCCAAAUAGUUCAGUUUUCCAGUUGUCUUCUGUGCCAGCAAAUAAAUAGCAAGUAGCCCCUGUAAGGUCAAGUAGGCAGUAAAGAGGGUAAGAAGACAGAAUCCCCAGGUGCUUCCAUUUCAGUCUAGGGAAUGCUUGGAUUUGUCAAAAGAAUGGAGCUUUGUAGGAAACCAGCACAAAGACACAAACGCAGGGUUUAACCUGCUAGAAAAUGCAUGGAAUGUGAACAUAGUUGAUUAUUUCAAAAUGCUUCUCAGAUAUUAUUUAAAUAGUAAUAUAUACAAUGAUUUUUCAUAAUCUACAGGAGUCUCUGCUGGCACUGAAUUUUCUUUGUCACGUAAUUUUGAAUUUUGCAGACCGUCGGCAUUGCAUACACUUGAACUGGACAUCAGGGCCAGCUGCUUGAGAGUUCUCAACUACUUUUUUUAAACAGUGUUUUCUGAUGGCCUUUGUGUGUCAUGAUUCAACUGUGAAUUACUCUACUUUAGGGACUCUGGUCAAACUAUUAGUGAGAAAGUUAGUGGUUUGUACAGAUUCCAGGGCCUACUUACUUUUAUGUAUUGUCACAAAACCAUCGUACUUUUGUUUUGCUUUGUUUUGAAUCUUAUUCUUUCCUUCUCUACUUAUUUAAAUUGCCACUGGAAUAAAUGUGCCUUUUGAAGCAAUGCCCAAAUGACUGGUCCUCAACACAGUUUUUGUAUGGGGCGAGCAGUAGGGGUAAACUUGUCUUACUUUACUGCAAAUCAAAAUUUAGCAUUUCACCCAGGAGGAAAGGAAGAUGGUGUCGGUUGUAAGUUGUUGCUAGGACCAGAAGUAGCUUAUGGUGAUAUAAGAGCCUCUGGUUUCUCUACAAAGAGAAGGAGCCGUCCGUCCACUAAUGUGGCUUUGGUUCCUAAUGCAUCCACUGGAAAAAGUAGAGAGGACACUGAUCCGACGAAUGCCAUCUAUCCUUGCUUAAAAUUUAACAUAAUAUUGAAGAAUAAAUGAGGCAAUUACACUAUUGAAAGUCAGGGGCAUAUGACUUGAGUUGUAACUAAAGUUUUUCAGUUAGUAGGAUUAUACUUGCCCUGUUAAACACCGGAGUUUCGUUUGGAUUCAGAUCAGGGGAGUGAAUGGCAGAGAACCUAAAUGGUUGAAAGAUUAGGGAACACUUCCCUGACAUCCUUUCUAACCACCCCACUGACCAGUAUUAUUUAAGACAUUUCUCAUAGCUACUACCUAACCUAUACUUGAGGUAGCAAGUCUAACAAAAACCACUGAAGGUGACUUAAUUUUUCACACUCCCUCUUGGUGAAUAGUCAAAUAAGUCAUUGAAUGGAGAGUUUUGAUUCAUAAUACGUAUAAUUUAGAUCAAGCACAUAAAGUAAAUGAGCCUUUACCUUUGCACUGGUAGGCUGGCACUCCUAAAAAGAUUGCUGUUUUUGUUUAUGUUUUUUUUAACUGCCACUAUAUUUGUAAACACAGAGGCUUGGCACAGUUCUCUGGAGGAACCAGUAUCCUUAUAAGUUAAUUUGCACGCAGAAGUUAAUUUUAUAUAAGUCUGUAUUUAAUCUAGAACUGCUUCGUAGGGUCAUAAAUACCCUUUGCAUGUUUGCUGAUGGGUAUCAGAAUCUCAGUCUUUGCAAAGUGCAAGGUGUUUCCUGUUAGGUUAGAGACUGAGAAUUUAUGAUUUGUCCUGGCUGUUCUUCCACAUCCGUAACUUUAUUCUGUACUUGUGUUCAAGCACAACUGGAAAUGAGGAUAUUUCCACAUGCAAAUUGAUUUGCAUGUCAUUGUUAUCUCUUCUAGUGCCCAAAAAAAGAUUGGGUUAGAAGUUUGGGAAAGUUGAGGACUCCCCCUUUCAGAAGGAACUGUCAAGUGACAGACUUCGCAAAAGGAUUAAUGAGUUUUUAAGAACAAGAAAUAAAGCUAUAUUUGUCACUUAAAAUUUUGUUGGACAUGUUGGGAUCCACACAAUUCUCUUCUCACUGUGUCUUUAUCAUGAAGCAGAGGCCAUUUGAGGAUAACAUUAUACCCAUAUCAUUUUCAAGUGAUUAUGAUACAUGAGCUCAGUAAGAUGACAUACUUUUUCCCUUCGAACGUUUCAGCAUCCAGUAUGUGGCUUUCCUCUCCUUUUGCUUCUACUACUUUUCCCUUUCCAGAUUAGUUUUUGUAUACCACGUGUGACAUAGGUGAGGAUAUUUUGCUUUAGAACAAUGGCUUGACUCCACAUAUGCAUAUACCUACUGUGUACACUAUAUAAGGUCAGGGGCCAUUUGUGAAACUGUAUGUUAUUUGCUAAAUUACAUUGUAUUUGUCAAGAUGAAUGAUAUUGUAGAAUCAAAUAUUUACUAAAUUUCCACAUUUGUGUGGACCUAUCCAGGUAUAUUAACAUAUUCAGGGAUAAAAUGGCAAUCAGAAUAAAAUGUCUUUAAAAAUAUUUUUUCACACUCUCCAUUUUGCCACAUCAGUUAAAAUGCAGCAUCUUACUGUACUCAGCUGGUUGAAAUGUAGGACAAAUGAUAAAUAACGCACUUCACUAUCUCUGUACAAUCUAUGUUGGGAAGUGUAUUAUAUAAUGGACUUUAUUUUUACUUGUUAGUCAUGAUCUCGACAUCUCAAGGAGCAGCACCAUAGAGUCAUGUAUAGGAAAUAGAAGUGUUUGACUUUACCCCGUGGGCUGAUCUCGGCUUGACUCAGGCCAAUUUCCUCAGUAGAGAAGGCUCCUUUCUUCCCUGUCCUUGCACCUUCAGGUGAAGCGAAUGACCUCACCAGAGAGAGGAAGUGAGUUCUUGGGUCAUGUCAUGACUGACUUGUAAAAAUAAAUGUGAUCUUUUCCAUUGGCCAUACACUUUCUAUAAAUAGCCCAGGGAGAAAGUGUAGGGCUACAGAGCCACCUAGAGUGGCCGCCACUUGUUUCCAUUCAUAAAUCCUGCCUGCGAGUGCCACCAGCCACAUCCAUCAUGCCACGUUAGGGGAACAUUUCAAAGAAUGCAGCAUUUGGAGAUGGAAGUGAAUUUUUUCUGAUUUGAUGCUGCAUCUGAAGGCUGACACAAUAAUAUAUCAGAGUCUUUAUCUUAAAAUACUUCAUUAUUUUAGUUAACCAAAAAGUAUGUUAAAAAAUUUAGUUUAAUAAGUACAAUUUAAUUUAGUUAACUAACUUUAGUUAAACAAGCACAACACUGUGGUAGCAGAGAGGAACAGUAGGAGUUAUCACCAUACAAGGCUAUUUGGCCAAGCACAUAGACAAUAAUUAUAUUAAUUGAGCAAUGAUAAUAUAAUCCAAUAUAAACAUAUUUAUACACACCCACAUACACACAUAUAUGCACACCUUUAAUUGACACUGAAUGUAAAAUAAAGCAAAGUGACAUAUGGCUAUCCUUGAAAGUCAAUGAUAAAACCUUAAAAUGUUACCAGCCUUGUAAAUGGUUAUAAUUUUGGAAUGUUCUUCAUCCCCUGAAAUCUACACCACUACUGACUUUACUCUGUCAGUGUCCUUUGAGUUGAUUUUAAUGACCUCUUAGUGGUCAUUCCAGAACCUGAACAUAUAAGACAUUGGGCAAGUAUCUAUGCAUAUUAUGACAGCUGUUACCCUUUGUUCCCUGAUAGAAUAGAGUUAAGAAAUCCAGAAAGGCCCUGUGAUCAGGCACCAAACUCUGACCUGGGCCUUAAGCCAACUGUUCUAAACCUCUGAGUUUUGUUCUUCUUCCUUUUCUGUUAGCAUCCUGAGCAAUGCACAGGAUCACAAUUCAAUCAACAUGCUAGUGUUCUGAUAAUCAGUUUAUUUUUUUUCUUCCUGUUUUUUUUUUCUUGCCUGCCCCUAGGCUUAUGUGGAUUUUGUGAUUAAAAUACUUGAAAAGUUUAACAUACAAACCAGCUGAAGGGAUCGGAGGCAUGUAGACACAAAAAGUUAAAAAAAAAAAAAAGUCACUUCUGAUUAAUAAAGAUACAGCAAUCACUGUUGGAGUGUGGUUCACCUGAAUGCCCACAAUGUAAUGAUGUUACAUGGAUUUCAUAGCUAACAUAAUUAAGUUUGAAAAGGCAAGCUUAUGUACUUACAUCUCC